AUGCCGCACACGGCAGUGCUGUAUCUUACCCGUGAAGAACGAGAGCGAAGUAAGAAGAAACCAUGUUGUCCAAAAUCAUGUCGCCCUUAUAUGGUUCUCCACAUAGUUCUGUUGGCGUACGUAGUUAUUGGGGCGCUGAUAUUUCAUAGCCUAGAGCGUGAUCAGGGCAGUGGCAUGGCGGCUAACUUGACUGCCAUACGCCAACAAGUGACAGCUGAUCUUCGCAAAAAUAGGCAUAUGAAUACACUCAAUUGGAACGUACUGGUCGAGAACAAUUUACAAAAAUACGAAAAGCAAAUGAGAUUGUUCUACGAAAAUGGCGCUAAGACGUCGCCGGGACAUACUUGGAAUUAUCAGUCAGCGAUGUAUUUUUGCUUAACCGUGCUGAGCACUAUCGGAUACGGAAACAUCGUCCCAGCAACUGAAGGUGGCAAAUUAUUUUGUGUUCCAUAUGCAUUGAUUGGAAUUCCUUUAUUUUUUCUUUAUCUGGCAAAACUUGGCGAACUACUAGCAUCUCCUUUGAAGAAGAUAUACAAAAAAAUCGUUAUCGGGGAUAAAAGAAGAGUAUGCAGCUCCAAACAUACAUCAUCGGUGCACCGUACCGGGUCAGCCUCUUCAUCGGCCCCGAAGGGAAGAGAACAGCGAGUGUGUAAUAAAGACAACGAUACACCUACACGAAAUGACGGACCAUGUUCCGUAGGUUGCAGUGCAGAACCUAGAAGCUCUUCACUGAAGCAGGGACAACACACAAAAGAAUCUGGCAGUGAAACAGAAAUUCAAGUUCCGAUAUAUUUACUUGCGAUAUUGUUGAUUGCGUACAUUUUACUCAGCGCCCUGGUGUUCGCAAGUACUCAAGACGGCUGGAGUUAUUUAGAUGCCAUGUACUUUUGUACCAUCACUUACACAACCGUGGGUUUUGGAGACAUGUUACCAAAGGUUGAGGAUGGACCUACGGAGAUAUAUCUCGAGGUUUUCAUUCUUUGUGGUCUUAUCCUUAUGUCUACGUGUGUACAUUUGACAAUCACACGAAUGAAAAACCUUUCUCAUUUUCUGUUCGGAAACGGAAAUGAUCAUGCGAGUGUCAGUGAAUUCGAAGACGUCGAAUCAAAUAGUCCACAUUGUGAAGAACAGAGUAUUUUAUAUGUGAAUAAAUCAACAGCUAUGACUCGUGACAAUGUGUUGGAUGCUGCAGCUGUGUGA